AAAAAUAACAUAUUUUCUUUUGCGGUCUUAAGUUAUUCUAUACAGCAGUGUAGUUUCUAUGACAUACCAUGUGCUUAUUUCGUUGAAAAUGACAAAUAUUCUUACCAUAAGAUUUCUUAUCUAUGUACUUCUUUUGAGGACCUUUAUACAAGCAGAUGAAAGUAAUGAAGAUUCAAGCAACUCUUCUGAAGAAGAAAAGAAGAAAAAUGGUACAAAUACUUUUUCUCCAUUUAUCUUAAAACCACCUAUGCUAGUACAAAAAAAUGGGCUUUACCUAAAUUGGUCUAAAAAUAAAGAGGUGACCCAUUGUACUAAAAUUUUCAUUACUUAUUUUUACGAUAAUUUAGCCUGCCCAAAAGGAACUCGGGCAUUAUCAAGGACAGAGACAAUAGAUUGCCAGUUUUCCUCUGCCUAUAUCAAAGUGGAAGACAAUUGGAAAUUCCUAAAUAUUUCACUUAAAAUUAACGGCAAUAACGAGUUUCAACCUUUAUUUUUUCCGAAUUUCACUGAAAAUACAACUACUUUAAGAGCUGUUUGGAAGCCAGUAAUCAACUUAACUGGAAUAUAUGAAAGAGGCAAAAUACGUUUACGAUGGAAACUUCCUGAAAAUCUAGAUUGCUUACCCGACGAAUAUCGGAUUUAUCAUGAUAAAGGGUAUAGCAUGGCGAAAAAUAUAAUGACUAAUAGUAAGGACGAACAAACUAUGAUACUAAAUGUUAAUGGACCGAAACGCAAUGUUUCAAUAAAAGUAAUAACUUGCAAUUACUAUAUUAAAAACAAAAUGCAAGAUAUAGAAGAAGUAAAAGAGAACCCAAAAUAUUACGCAGUUGUUAAAGUGCCGAUUAAUCUAGAGAAGCCGGAUCCUCCGUUUAAUAUAACGUAUAAGUGGAGCAACGAACUGGAUUUUACGUAUUUGAACAUAUGGUGGGAAUAUGAAUACAGAACAAAAAAAAUAAAAGAAUUUAAAAUUCGUCUUGAAUUGAAUGAAAACGAAAUUAGUUCAAAGACUGUAUCGCCAAGUGGUGCUAUUCAAUAUUAUGAAUCGUUUAAGAUUGAAACAAAAAUUAUAAAAUUACACCUGUAUAUAUCAGCAUUAUCAAAAGAUGGCGAAACCUCCAUUGAAAGCACCACAGACUCCUCUAUAUCGCCUGCAAAUCCAAAACCUUACCCUUCUAAUAAAAUUAAGAUUACUGGUGAAAAUCUAUUAGUGCCAGAGCCUGUCAUUGAAUACUUCGAAUCGAGAUUCGUUAUUUUUAAAAGUGAAUGGUACAACUCUGAAAAGUUUCAAAUAGGACUGGAUAAAGAAAUUGAUCUGGUUAAACAUGGAAUUAUAACUAAUGGAAUGCUUCCAAGACAUAAUCAAUAUCUUAAUGAACUAAAACUCUCCAAUUCUUCGAAGGAGCAAAGUUUAAUAUUUAACCGAAAGCAAACCAUGAACGAUGGAAAAAAAUAUGUUCUUGUGGUGUUUAUAACCAACUCACUGAAUAUGUUAAGAGUCAUAAACGUAUAUAAGAAAGAGGUAUAUAAUAUUUGUCCACCCAAAAUAACUGAUACUAUUGAGGACCCUCAAGACUGCUCGCAAUAUUUACUAUGUUCCGAUGGUAAUGCUGUAGAGAAGAAGUGCCCCGAGGAAAAAAUAUUUAAUAAUGAAAGUAAGCAAUGUGAUCUUAAACUGGAUAGAUAUAAUAAAUGUCAAAAACCCAAGAAAGAAACUAACGAUACAUGGAUAUCAAUAACGUCUAUCAUCAUUUUAGUAGGAGCAAUCUCCACAGGAGUUAUAGUAUUUUAUAUGUUCAGAUCAGGAAAAAACUAUAUUGGUAGAAGGCGUAAGAUUUCGGAAAAUAUAUAUCUAAUAUAUACUCCAAAUGUAUCACAGAGUUGCAACAUAGAUGAUUACACUUUAGAUGAAUAUGAGCGCUUUGACGACAGAGUUGUAAGUCAUUCGAAACGCAUUAAAAUAAACUGUUUAAAAGAAUAUGUCAAGGAAGCAAUUGAAGGUCCAGAACUAUUAAGACAACAUCAAUUAUUUCCAAAAAUUGACCCAAAGUGUUCAGCUAUAAUAGGAAAUUUGCCCUCAAAUAUACCUAAAAACAGAUAUAAUAAUAUUACUGCUUAUGAUGACACUCGCGUCAAGUUAAUUAAAUUAAAUGAAGAUGACGGAUCGGAUUAUAUCAAUGCGAAUUUUAUUUCCGGUUAUAAUUUGCCUGAAGCAUAUAUUGCUGCCCAAGGUCCCAAAUCUAACACAGUAAUUGAUUUUUGGAGGAUGAUAUGGGAAAGAAAUGUUAAUUGCAUCAUUAUGUUGACUAACCUAUAUGAUGGCAAAAAAAAAUGUUGUGAAAAAUAUUUUCCGGACAAAGGAGAGUUCAUAGAUUUCGGUGGGAUCAGUGUAGAGUUUUGUAAGGAAACUUCCACUAUGACUUAUAUUGUUAGAGAGUUUAAUAUUUUUGACGAGUCCUUCUGUAAAAAAAUCACGCAUAUCCAUUUCACAGCAUGGCCUUCCCAAGGACAGCCGUUAUUUGCUGAAACCAUGGUACCGCUACUACAGUACAUGCUUACUAUUCCCUACAGUUCAAAGCAUCCUAUUUUAGUUCACUGCAGCGCAGGAGUUGGUCGAACUGGAACCGUAAUUCUCUGCGAUAUGUGUUUAAGAAUGUGUGCUGCAGAAGGCGCCGUGGAUGUGUUGGCUUUCUUCGCAAAAAUGAGAACCGAACGCCCUAAUAUGGUGGAUAAUGUCGAGCAAUACAAGUUGGCUCAUUUAGCUAUUUUAGCUUGUUUAACUGCUCGAGAUACCGGGAUAGAAUGUGGCAUAGAUUUAUUCGAAAACAAGGUUCUGAAUAUUCUAUUUGAUGACCAAAUGCAAUAUAUUAAAGAUAACGAAUGGCAAGAUGAUGCGAUGAAAUCAGUCGCAUCUGUUGUACAGCACAUCCCUAUCGUUCCCGAGAAAAAUCGAUAUAAGGAUAUAUUGCCUGAUGAAGUAUUUCAAGUUUUCCUCAGCCGUCUUCCAAAUGGUGGGCCUUCAUCUUGCUACAUCAACGCAAUAUAUGUUAAUAGUUUCAUGUGUCCAAAGCGCUACGUUGUCACACAGCAUCCGCUCACCAAUACAAUAAAUGAUUUUUGGAGACUGGUUAUUGAGCAACAAAUCAAAAAUAUUAUAAACAUUGAUCCUGUACUUCAAAAUGAACAGAGAUAUGAUGGAUACUUCUAACAUAGAAGUGAUCAUAAAUGAAGAUAACAGUAAAGAAAAAGAUGACACACUUACAUUUUUUUAACAAGAUAUGGUUCCAAAUUUGCCUUCAUCAUCUUCACAUUCAGAUGCACAGAACACAAAUAUAGUUCAGAUGAUCUACUUAAGAGAAAAGAAGUUGCGGUAGAACAAUUAGGUCAAAAUUUUUCAAAUCUCGUACAGAUAGUUAAAAGAGACUCGACUCCUGAAGCAACAAAUAUAAAAUGAAGAAUAUUUGUCAUGGAAAAAUAAUUAAAGUACAGCCUACGUCCACAAGUAGAAGAUCGCAAAGAUCUGGAAUGACAUCUUGAUCAAAAAGAAUUCAGGCAGGAAGGCCAGCAAAAAAUAAAUAAAUCAUCCGAAGACGUAAGGUUCCAAGGUCACUAAAUCAAGAUGAGGACUGCAAUAGCCAUAACGCCAAAUAUUAUUAAAAAGUUUAUUUUAGGCUAACUAACUAUAAUAAAAUACUAAUUUAGAUACUAAUACAACUAAUUAUAUAAUAAAGUUAAGAUACUAACAUAAAGUUUCGU